GUAGUACAGCGGAAAAAGCAGGAGUUUUGCCAGGGGAUAAAAUAAUUUAUAUCGAUAAAAUUCCUGUUUCAAAGAAAGGAAAAGAAGAAAUAGAAAAUAUUGUUAAGAACGUGAAGGAGAUAAUGGAAUUGGAGAUCAUUCGCCCAGAAGGAGAAUUGUCGACGAGGAAAAGACAAACCAGCCUACGUCGCAAAGAAUCGUUCACCAGAAAAGGGACAAAGAUGGUUAUUCAGGAUUCUCAGAUAAUGUCAUGGCGAAGAGAAAGAGCUUUGCUGAAACUUCUGUUAUGCGAAGAGGAUUUGUUGAACGAGAUUUUAGCUGGAAAAGAGCACUUCAUUACGCCUCUAAGAAAACGUUGCAAUCUUAUCACGCCCAUAGAAAUGGAUUUUCUCUUUGUAAAUAUUGAGGAAGUAUGUUCUGUUCAUGAAAAAUAUGUUCAGCAAUUGAGACAUCUUACCCAAGGAACAGAAGAUAAUGUUGGAAGAUUAUACCAAAAACAGGUUGAUGAAAGAUUUUCAGUCCUGAGAAAAUAUGUGUCUGGAUUGACAUUGGCAAAAAUUUUGUAUAAAUAUAAAAUCCUGAACAAACCUUUCAGAGAGUUUGUCGAGUCAUCCAGAUUAUCCAAGGAACAACCGGAUUUACUUCAGUUUAUUGAGAAGCCCUUUAAAUAUAUAUCGGAUCUCACCACUCAGCUUGCUGCUUUAUUGUCUUGCACUGCUGUAGGCCACAGAGAUUAUGUUUGCUUGGAAAGUGUGGUAUCAAUUUUUCGAACUUUCGAGACGGAGAUGAAUGAAAUGAUGAACAAGCUGUCAAAUUUGGAGGAUUUGAAGAACAUUGAGUCGGCCUUUGAUGAAGACGAGCCAUACAUUAAUCUCGAAACGCUUCAAGAAAAAACGCUGUUCACAAGAGGACCCAAGCACUUUUCACUGAUUCAUGAAGAUCGUUAUUGGUUAUUCGCAGGAUAUUUGGCUAAAGUUGAAGGAAAACAUUAUAUUCAGUACUGGGCUCUUUUGCUUUCGGAUUGCCUGAUUCUCGCCAGAAGAACUGAGCAAGGAGUUCUUUUGGUUUUGGAUGAGCCUGUUAUGCUCAGAUCAAUAUAUCAAGUCACAUUUGAUGUUAUGAAAUGUGAUACAGAAUUCAGGAUCUUAUUUGCUGUGCCGAAUCUACACAAAUCUGCAGAAAAACGGAAUCAGUGGACCACAUGGAUACUGCGAACGCCAUGCCCUGGGGUGAAGCUUCUAUGGCAAGCCAUUCUUACUCAUCAGUUGUCAAUGUACAGCACAGAGGCUUUAAGUCAAGGAAAGAAAACCAGUUUCGUACAUGCAAAACCUUCUUUAGUACUCCGAGGAGUGUUACCAAAAAGAAGUUCGAAAUAUGAAGAAUCUUCAUUUGUGAUAGAAGGACCUCGUGCGAAAGCUUCAUAUUCGAAGAGGUCUGCUUUCUCCGAUUCUGUGCUCACCGGGGGAUCUGAAACAUCAAUAGAUGAAAGCAAUUUCCUGCUCAAAGCGGAUGGAACAAAAUGUGAAAAACUGGCCAGUUUUAAAUUAGAGAAAGACGAAAAAGAAGGCAGUUAUUUUUCACUGACAGAAGCUAAAGUAGGUCCUUUAAAAUCCCACAAAAAAGGAGUUGUCAGAUCGAAAUCGUUUGGUAAUGACUUCGAUGACUCUAUUCCAUUUAUUGACUGCGCAGAAGAAAGUAAUUCUGGAACAGAAUCCAAUAUCAUAUACAUCCGUCAACCUAAGAUCAAGAAAAGUUCUGGCACUGAAGAAAUGACACCAGAUAAGACGAAUGAAAAACCAGAAGUCCCAGAACAAGCAGUAACUGAUGUUAAACCAUCUGUCCCAGAUUAUGAAAGUGCCAGUGCACCUGGUACACCAAAGACAACAGAUAAAUUGGUUCAGACAGACGAUUCAGCUGAAUCGCCAGGGACAGGGAGCUUGGGCAAGCGAACCCCUAAGAAAAGAUUCCCAAGAUUAGGAACAUUUGAGAGAAUUAAGCUUGAAAAUAGGAAGGCUAAUUCUGAAGAUUUGCAAGAGACUAAGAUAUGCAAAACUCGUACUGGUACGUCUGCAAAGCAUCGCAGGCAGAUAUCUAGUACAGUGUCCAAGGAAAAACUUUUGAAAUCGGAUUCAGCCUCUCCCAUUCAAGAUUCCAAAGAAAUUUCAGAAAGCAAAGAAUCAAGCCCAAGUGUUAAACAAAAACCAAGGAGAUAUUUCGGGCGUUUUUGGAAGAAAAGCACUAACACUUCUGGAGGUAAUGAUAGGAAUGAAGAAGUUAGUGAGGUUACAGCGAAAGAUUCCGAGUCCGCCCAGAAAACAGAAAAUGAAAUCCCUCCUGAUGAUGAAACUUCGAAACAAACUCCAAAUUCAUCUCCUGGCGUUUUAACCGGAGAGACGGAAAACAACAACGCAAAAUGGACGCUGACGGCUAUGGAGAAGUAUAUGCGCGACCAGAGCGAAGCAAGUGUGGCUUUAGGACUGGUCGCGCAACCACCGACUACCAAUGCCACCUACAAUAAACGCAAGACCACGCCUGUGCACCAGAAUUCCCAACACACUCCAGCCACCAACGGAGAUGGUCAUGAAAGUGCUGGGGAAGAAACAAGCCCUUCCUGGGCCUCCAGCAGCACUGGGAACACCCCUUCUUUUGGAAGCAGUGGCGUCACCUUCGAGUUUAAUGAAGAUAAUGAAAAAGGAACGCCCAUCAUCACCACCACCACGUGCACCCCUAAUUCGACCCCCGAAAACAAAGCCCGUAGGAAAAGCUCUGCAGCCACAGUCACAUUGUCGUCAAGCACUGAGUUGUUGGAAGCGUUGGACUCUGGUCUUGAACUAUCCCUCAGCAAGCCUAGGAAAUCCAGGAAAGAUUCAGACAGCAGCUUGAAAGGCAACAGCAAGACCAAUUCUGGAUCCCAUGGAGGAACCCCCACCAAGACUAGCAAGCUUAGUAAAUUGUUGCGAAGGACACACAGUGCAGGUUGCUCUAAAGAUGUUUCUACGCAUUCUUCGUUCAUGAAAGAAAAAGCUCCUGUUACGAAAACGAAGUCCGCGGAUUCGGCUCCGUGCAGUCGCGAAGAUGGCGAUGAAAAACAAAAAAAGAACAGAAAAACUUUAGCGCAGGACAUGAAGAUGCGACUGAGUUUCCUGCGUAGGCGGCAUACGGACAGUUCCCUCCAACCUUCUUCUGUCAGACCAUCUCCCGAAGAAGCUCACAAAUGGGCAGAAUCCUUUCAAGAACUAACAAACAGCAAAUAUGGUCUUUCAUUAUUCCGGGCUUUCUUAUCUCGAGAAUUCAGUGAAGAAAACAUAGAAUUUUGGCUGGCAUGUGAAGACUACAAGCGGACCAGGGCAAAUAAACUGAUAGCUAAAGCUCGCAAAUUGUACGAGGAUUUUGUUGCAGUUCAAGCUCCGAAAGAGGUCAAUUUAGAUUCUUCUAUGCGUUCCGCCAUCUACGAUCACCUGCAGAAUCCUGACAGGCAUUCGUUCGAUUCAGCGCAAAGGAGGAUCCAGGGUCUGAUGGAACAAGACGCUUAUGUAAGGUUCUUACAGUCAGACCUCUACACAGACCUUAUUCAAGGCAACUCACCAAACACCUCGAGUUGAGAGAUUCUCUGGCAUCUGCACCUUUUCAAACAUUCCCAUUGACACAAUUGACUGUAACCGAAUGCAUCGGUUUUCAUACGAAAAAUGUUGACAUUAACAUACGGCCAUGCUCGGACUUCAAGUACCAUCUGCAGAUCAGAAGAAACUGAACAGUCAGGACAGAUGUUUUUCUAGAAAAACGUAAAAAAUAUUAAUGAUUUUUAAAAAAAAAAAUAGAUUUUUUUAUUUAUUUUUUUGCUGUAUAUCUCAUAGAACUUUUUUUUAUUACAAUGAGAUAUGACAUAAAUUAGAUAACUGAGUUGUAAUAUCUGUUAUUUAAUACAUAUGGCAAAAAAUAUCACUAGUAAUUUUACUUAACUUUUCUGGCUAUAAAUAUAUAACAGUUAACAGAAAUUAUUAAUUUGUAAUGUUGUUAUUAUUAUUUGAAAAAAAGGAGAUCUUCUUCUGUUUAAAGUAAAAUGAUAAAUGAUUAUCCCUGUUAAACUAACUGUAAAAAUAAUUUCGUCGAACAUCUGUCGUGGCUUUAUAUUUAGUUUCUUCUUGUUCUUUGGCAUCUAAUUUUUAUUAGUUAAAUUCUGAAUGAAAAGGAUUUCCCUGAGAGUAAUUGCUCUUUUCCAGCAGUUUUUAACUCAUUCAGAUAAAAACAAAUGUUUUGAACGAUUGCUCUUCCAGAUGAUUCUUUAUAAAGCUGAUUAAUCUAGUCCAUUUCAUUCCAUUGACGUAGCAUGGCAUCCAGAAGUUCAAAAACGCCACGGUUGGUCAAGUCAAAGCAUGGCAUCAUAUCAUCGAGACUCAUCUUUGAGAAUUCUCGUGAAGAGAGAGAGUCUUUUUUUUACAGUUGUAGAUCGCAUCGAUUAUUGUAUAUUAGUUUCACAUAAUGUAUUAUUUAAUAGACAUAUUUUCUUAAAGGCAUGUUGCUUCGAGAUUUAUGUAGAAGAUUUUUUAUCUUCCUUUUGGUGCAGCUGUUAGCUGUAUUGUUUUAAAUCUACAGAAUCUUUUUUGAUGCAAUGAAUGAAACGUGGAAUAAAGCGGGAAAACCUGGUAGAUCUCUUUAUUACUCUAGGGCACCAAUAAUUCUAAAUUUAAUUCUAAUUUAAAAGAAUAUUAAAAAACAUAGCAUAGUUUGUACUGAAAUGUGCACUAGUAAAUUUCUUUUUAAAAAUUUAAUUUAAAUUUAUAUUAUUUUUAUUGAAUAAAAUUAUGUUAUUUUUUUAUUAUUUAUGAAAAUAUCGAACAUUCAAUCUUAAAUUUUGGUAGUAAAUAAACAUUUUGAUAUAAUUUCAAAUUUUUUCACUUUUUGUGAUUAGGGAUUGCUAUAAUAUUAUAAACAAUUCAAAAAUAAUACUUAAUAGACAUAAAUUUUUACUUAAUGAUUUUUGUGACAAAAUUCUCUUACAUAUUGUAUGAUUCAUUUUUAAAAUUUUAAUAAUGAAAGUAUAAAUUUCUUCUUCAUUUGAAUAUUUGUUAAAGACGAAAAAUGAUUCCGAAUGUUAAGAAUUUUAAUUAUUAAUAUUAAAUUCUCCUGUAUUAAAUAGAUCAUAAAGAGAUGUGUGUGUAAUCGAUAAAUCCUUUUAAAUAUUUUAUUAAAUUUCCCUAUCAUUCCCGACAUUCCACAAUUAUUCUUUGUACUUAUGUUUUACCUAUUACCUCAUGGUUUUGUUACAACUUGUUUUAUGACAGAAAUGUUUUCUUUCUCACCAGACGCGCGCUAGAUGAGAUAAACUGUAAAGGGACGUAAGUGCGAAAAGCAUUUUAAAUUAAAAGUACCAAAUCGGAGAAGUUAAGUAAUUAACUGAAAGAUUUUGGUUGCUCGUCAAAAAUUGUAGCUUAUAAAAUAAGGAGUUCACGACAUUUUCUUUUAAAAAUUAUUGAUCUACAGUAUUUUAUACUUGAGACAGUAUUUUAUACUCAAAAAUGUUUUAUAUGAAUAUCAUAUAAAAUUUCAUUUAAAAGAAAAUUGAAACUUUUUAGUGGAUUUAUUACAAUAAUUUCAUAAUUUUUCUAAUCGAAGAUAAUAAAUAUUAAUAUUAUCAGAUAAACGUAGAAUGAUUAUUUUAUAAGCUACGAAAUGCGCCAACUUAGUUUAUGUAGAUUGACGACACGUUAUAAGAAGUAUUAUGUAUUAUAUAAAACUGCAUUUGUAUAUCUAAUAUUUAUACACAUGUAUAUGCUAUUUGUGUAAGUGUAUUGUUCGACUCCUGCCACGUCGUGUAAUAUAUAGUCGUGCUUGAAUGUUUAUGUCUAUUUAUUUAAAUUAUUAGACGUGGUUCUUGUGACCUAAUUCUUAAAAAUAACUAUACAGUUGAGUGUGAAAAAAUGCACCUCUUUUUGAAAAAUAUAAAAUCUACUGUAACUUGUGUAUUUAUGCAUGUAUAUUAGCAUAAAUAUAGAUAUUGCACAUGUAUUCUUUACUUAAAUUGGUUAGAAUUUUUAUUCUUAUUUUUCAACAUUUCAAACAUCACAUGAUUUCAUAAUUAUUUAAUUCUUGACAAUUAAUUUUCGAUGCUAAGUUUUGAUGUAUUUAUUAGAUUAAAUUUUUUCAGGCUAGCUUUUUAAAUGUUAUACAUUCCUCUUUAUCAAAAUUCUUCUGAAAAUGCAACAAAUAUGUGCAUAAGAAAUAUCAGUGGAUAUCAAAAGAAUGCAUUCAUCAAUUGUAUUAUCUGGUUAAAUUAAUAUAUUUGUCAUUAAAUAGAUUAUCGUGUUUGGGUAAAUUUCAUUAAAAAUGUAAUGGAAUCCCUGGAUUGUAAAUAAAAUUUAAAAAUUGCAUGAACUUCUUUUAUUUCAUAUGUAAUUGUAAAUGUGAAAUGUUUUAAUAUUUCAAGAUAUAUGAAAAAAUGCAUGUACUCAUAGCAAGAACAAUAUCUGAAUAAAA